CUCCGCCUGCCCUUCGAUUCCGGGGUCACAAACUAUAUAACACGCAUUGGGGAGCCCCAGACGAUCAUCUCAACACGCCUUUCCAUCUCAACUCAUUCAACAGGUGGAUCCAGAAUCUAACCUGUGAAGAUCAUGGCAGAACCAAUCGAAGACAAGACUUCGGCGGCGCACUACGAGGAUCUCAAGGAAGGAAAUGCUCACCAAGUUGCCGGAAGAGGAAAUGCUGCAACGGAUAUCUAUGGUCAAUCUUUGAUUCAGUUUGACCCCAAGGCGGAGGCGAGACUGCGGUUGAAGAUUGAUCUCUAUAUUGUCCCGACCGUAGCGCUCCUGUACCUCUUCUGCUUUAUCGAUAGAGCCAACAUUGGAAAUGCGAAACUCGCUGGACUUGAAAAAGAUCUAGGUCUCACAGGAUUUGAUUACAACACUGUGCUCUCCGUCUUCUACAUCAGCUAUAUCAUCUUCGAAAUCCCCAGCAACAUGUGUUGCAAGUGGGUGGGCCCUGGUUGGUUCAUUCCAGCCAUCUCUCUCGGCUUCGGCAUCUGCUCCAUUGGGACCGCUUUCGUCACCAACAUCCAUGCUAUUUGUGGUGUCCGAUUCUUGCUCGGCAUUUUCGAGGCGGGAAUGCUGCCUGGGAUUGCCUAUUACAUGUCACGUUGGUACAGGAGGUCUGAGUUGGCAUUCCGUCUGUCACUCUACAUUGUUAUGGCCCCGCUCGCGGGUGCUUUUGGAGGCUUGCUCGCUUCAGCCAUCUUGAAGCUUCCUCACUUUGGGUCCCUCACGCGAUGGAGGAUGAUCUUCGCCAUCGAGGGUAUAAUCACCUGUGGCAUUUCGCUCAUCGCGUUUCUUACGCUCACGGAUCGUCCUGAAACGGCCAGAUGGCUGUCACAAGAAGAAAAGGAUCUGGCCAUUGCUCGUGUCAAGUCCGAGCGCGUGGCAACCACCGAAGUCCUCGACAAGAUUGAUCGCACAAAGACUUUUAGAGGAAUCUUCAGUCCAGUCACUCUAGUCACAUCUUUCAUUUUCCUGCUCAACAAUAUCACUGUGCAGGGUCUUGCUUUCUUUGCUCCAACAAUCGUCGCAACCAUUUACCCCAGGGAUUCCGUCAUCUCUCAGCAACUCCACACAGUGCCUCCCUACGUAGUCGGCGCUUUCUUCACCCUACUUUUCCCUUUCCUGAGCUGGCGUCUCGACAAACGCACCAUCUUCUUCAUAAUCGGAUCCCCUCUCAUAAUGAUCGGCUACAUCAUGUUCCUCGCGAGCGAAAAAGCCGCAGUCCGCUACGGCGCCACCUUCAUCAUCGCAAGCGGCGCCUUCGCAUUUGGCGCGCUGUGCAACGCCCAGGUCUCGGCCAACGUCGUCAGCGACACAGCUCGGGCAUCGGCCAUCGCCGUCAAUGUCAUGCUGGGUAAUGUCGGCGGGCUAAUCGCUACAUGGAGCUUCCUGCCCAACGACAAACCGAAUUACCACGUCGGGAAUGGUUUGAAUCUUGCUACGAGCUCGACGGUGCUGGUUCUCUCCGUCUUGCUGCUUUUCUGGAUGAAGAUGGAUAAUUCGAAAAGAGAUAAGAAACCGGUUGAUGCCGAGUUGGCUGGGCUUAGUGUGCUGCAGCAGCAGAAUCUGGACUGGAAGCAUCCUUCUUUCAGGUGGAGACCUUGAUUAAGUGUGUUCAAGGUGUUUGUAUGGAAGUAUUAUAAUUUAGUAUUGUUGAAGAGAAGUUUUGUUGUCGUUUUCACAUGGUCUCUUGCUCUUUCUGAGGGUGGAACGCCCAACAUUCAACAUGCCCUCGCGCGUCUACCCCUCAAGCACGUUACCCAGUGAGUAUCUUUGUGCUACCGUCAUUGAUGCGUGGUCUUCUCGCGAACAAAAGUCACUCCAGCCCUUGAUCCCAAUCCUUUUUCGA